AUGCCACUAUAUUCACAUUCACGGUCUACAUCUGUAGAUGCAAGAAAUGGAGGAAGUGGAGGAAAUGGAGGCGGUGGAGGAGGUGGAGGAGGUGGAGGAAAUGCUCCACAGCCACUUCCGUCUUAUCCAAAUCCAAAUCCAAAUAAUAAUCCCCAAGUUCCUAUUAAAGCAGUUCAACUGCCUAGCCAAUCUCCUACAUCUACAACAAGUGCAAAUUCAAAUCCACAAUCAAUCAUUCCAAAUAUUCCAUCUCAAUCACAAUCACAGCCACAACAGCAACCUUCAGCUCAACAAAAUUCACAACCACAACCAUCUCAACAAUCUCAAACUCAAAUUCAACCGACUCAACCAAAACCACAAUCAACAACAUCAAUUUCACCACUUACACAAGCAGCAUCAUUUCCACCAACAAUGACAAAUUCUCAAUCACAAAAAUCACCGUCUCAACCGUCUCAAAAUUCACAACCUCAAUCUCAACCGUCUCAAAAUUCACAACCUCAAUCUCAACCGUCUCAAAAUUCACAGCCUCAGUCUCAACAGUUGCAAAAUUCACAACCUCAGUCUCAGCCGUCUCAAAAUUUAAAAUCUCAAUCUCAAUCGUCUCAAAAUUCACAACCUCAGUAUCAGCCAUCUCAAAAUUCACAACCUCAAUCUCAACCGUCUCAAAAUUCACAACCUCAAUCUCAACCGUCUCAAAAUACACAACCUCAGUCUCAAUCAUCUAAAAAUUCACAACCUCAAUCUCAACCGUCUCAAAAUUCACAACCUCAAUCUCAACC